CCGCCCGCCCGGCGAGAGGACCCGGGGCCGCCUCCGAGCCGGCCGCCCUGCUGCGCCCCCAGCCCUGCGGAGCCGCCCAGAGUUAUGUCAUGCCCAGACCACUGCAGGGCUCCAUGAGGAUUUAUAGAAGAUGUCCUGGAUCUUGGUGCCUUUGGUGGUAUGGUUAAUGAAGAUAGCUGCCAGCCCACAUUCGCUGAGGAUUGUUGCAGUGAAACAACUCAAGAAAAAGAGAAACUGAAUAGAAUUGAGAAGCGCAUCCAGCUAUUAUCCAGAUAAGAACUUAAGUAAUGGGUGCAUUCAAUAAUUGUGACUCCUUCAUAAUUUAAUGAAGAGCUUUGAACUCCAAGCCUUGCCGCCAUUUUGGAUGACCCCAUGGAAUGCAGCAGAGGGGAGCGACUGUCCAUCACACUGGCCAAGAACCGGAUCAAUCGAGCCCCCGAGAGGGCAGGGAAAGCCAAAGUGGAAGUGGACAUUUUUGAGUUGCUGAGAGAUAGUGAAUAUGAAACAGCCGAGACUAUGUGUCAGAUCCUUCCCAAAGGAGUGGUUGGUGUCCUGGGUCCAUCGUCAAGUCCUGCUUCCAGCUCUAUCAUCAGCAAUAUCUGUGGGGAAAAAGAGGUUCCUCAUUUCAAGGUUGCUCCAGAAGAGUUCCUCAAGCUCCAGUUCCAGAGAUUCACAACUUUGAACCUCCAUCCUAGCAACACUGACAUCAGUGUCGCUGUAGCUGGGAUCUUGAAUUUCUUCAACUGCACCACUGCUUGCCUCAUCUGUGCCAAAGCUGAAUGCCUUCUAAACCUUGAGAAAUUGCUCCGACAGUUUCUUAUUUCUAAAGAGACUCUCUCAGUUCGGAUGCUGGAUGAAAACUGGGACCCUACACCAUUGCUAAAAGAGAUCAGGGAUGACAAAACAGGCACCAUCAUUGUACACGCCAAUGCUUCCAUGUCCCACGUGAUCCUUAAGAAGGUAGGAAUAAGGGAUGCUUAGUAGCUAAUCUGCAAGGUUGGGAUAGGAAUUUCAUGUUAGGGUUUGGAACGUGGGUUUGGGAAAUUAAGGAAUGGGCAGAACAUAUAUGUUGGGAUAGUUCUCACGUGAAAUGGAUUUUCUAAAACCAUUACAUUCAGGGAAGGAAAAUCCAAACACCUUGGCAUGAACUUCCAGCUGUCCCAAAAUAGUUUAGCUUUUUAGCCUUUGAGGAUGUUCUGUUCUACAUCAGCAGUCAUUUUCUCUCCCUGACUUUCUAUUUUCUUCAAGCGUUCUGGAAAAAAAAAUUGUUUUCUUGCCUUUCUGAAGAUUUGUUAUGAGUCAGAAUAGUGGGCCCUUUGGGCUUUGAAGUAUUUGGCAGUGUUCCUGAACAGUCCCUCUGAACUGGAACAAAAUAAACAAUAUAUAAACAAGAGUUGAGGUUC